AUGCCAAAUAUUACCGAGAUGAACCCUACCGAAUUCCGAGAAUUGCUCCACACCCUCGUCAACGAGGAAUUGUUUAAAUCGCGUGAACGCCUUGCUGUAUUACUCGCAAAGGAUAGCUCGCAAGAGGCAUUGGAAGCGGAGUUUUUCCAUUUUCAGGGCGACUACGUGGAUUUCGCCUAUUGGCUGGAGGCGUACGAGGAAGACCCACUGGAAGGACUCACACCAGAUACACCGCUCGCUAAAAAACUAAAACGACAACGCGAAUAUGUCCUUGCCAACCGGAAAACAACGCUCAAAGAGCGGAAUUUCAGACGGAUGGGGCUUUACCUAAACAGCGAUCCGAUGCCAGAGAAGAAAAUCGCCGAGUUGCCACCGGACGAAUACCGAACGCUGCUCCGUUCCUUGUCGCCGAAGAGCUCUUCCCGGUCCGGGAGCGGCUCGUCGCGUUGCUUAAACAGAAUCCGACAGAUCAGGAGUUAGACAUAGCGUUUCGAGAACUUUACGUCGCUUAUGGACUUUUGGAGGUCGCCUUUGAGGACUACCACUACGAUCCGGACGAAGGGUUAGAACUCCGUCCGGAGUUUGCUGAAGAGUUAGAUCAACGUAUAGCAGAUCAUGAGAACGGGAGACAGCGGAAAUGUUUACACUUGAAGAGGUUGCCAGAGGAGUUCGGGUGAAAUUAAAGUGUACACGUU